AUGGAUAAUAGAUUAUAUUUCAAGUUACCGUACUUUAGCCUUUCUACGCGCCGACUUAAUAAAAAUUACUAUGUCUGUUGACUGCUGUUCCGCGUGUGUCCUAGGAGAGUUAUAUGACUUGAGCGAAGAAAAAGACAGGGAAUGUUACUACCUAGAUUAUAUAUCAAGGGUUUGGUGCACGUAUCGAAAUCACUUUCAAAAAAUAAUGGGGACUUCAAUUUCUUCAGAUUCUGGCUGGGGCUGUAUGCUCCGAUGCGGGCAAAUGAUUUUUGCAGAAGGUCUUAUACGCCAUUAUCUAGGGCGAGACUGGAGAAGAGUAGCAAAUUACUCGAACCCCUGUUUGAAAAAAAUCUUGGGGCUCUUUUACGAUUCCCCCGAAUUUCCUUACUCAAUUCACAACAUUGCACUUAAAGGUGGCGAACUGGGCACUACUGUAGGAAAUUGGGUCGGCCCUUCUUUGGUGUGUCAAGCUAUUAGGUUAAUUACCGAAUCUUUGAGCGGAGUUAACCCUUCUGUUAAUGUCCACGUUGCUAUGGAUGGGCUUGUGUGUAAAAGGACGCUCAGAAACAAAAUAGGAAAACUUCACAGAAGCCGAGUUUAUGUGGGGGCUGUUAAAAGCUGCGUGGAGAGUUCCCAGUCGAGAACGUCCUGUUUUUUGCUGCGACUGCUGGGAGGGCGCUCUGGUAAACGUACAGAGUCGAUAAGUCUAUUGAAAACGACGCUGGAAGCCAUAAGCUUUCCGGAAAGAGGAGUUGGCCUUAUUCUGUUUGUGCCGCUGCGACUGGGCGUUUCCCGCAUUGAGGAUGCCUAUAUUGAGCAACUGAAAAAAGUGUUUAAACUUUCGAGCUUUUUGGGGUUUGUCGGGGGAAAGCCGAGAUCCGCUCUUUAUUUUCUCGGUUUUGAAGGGAACCUCUGGGUUUGCUUGGAUCCUCACAAGACGCAAACAUUGGCAGAGAUUUCGGAGGCGGGGGAGCUCGACACCUGCAGCUACUCGUGUCGUCGUCUCAGCAGAUCCAAACUGAGGGGUUUAAGCCCCUCUAUCUCUCUUGGUUUUUACUUUUUAGACGCGGCGGAGCUGGAGAGAUUUUUUGCAAACAUUCAAGAGUUGUUUAAGAUAUCCGGCCCCCCUUUAUUUUCGCUGGUGGAGGGAGACUCGCGGAGCGGAUGCGACUCACUUGAGGAUAAUUCAGUGGUAGAGGACUUCAUAGUAGUCUAAAUAACGUUCGCAGGGAUGUUUAUUGCUUAUAUAGAUGAGAAUAGUUGACACUCACGAGCAGCAAGGGGUCCGGCCUUAUGCUGAGCGUAUAUUACAAUGGCCGGGCCGUAAAGGCAAGAAACGAAAUAAAGUUUAUAAUUAUGUUUUUUCUAGUAAACAAGAGGUGCCUUAUGGAUGUUUAAAAGCGCAAAGUAUGAUAAAAAGGUUUCUCUCCUAAACUGCAUAGUUUAUGUUCAGUCAAUAAACAAGACUGGCACUAGUAAAUGCGUGAGUCGAGCAGUCCAGUAGUAGUUGAGGUGUAAAGAUGUUGA